GCCAGCAUCUCAUCUAUUCUCAUCUAUUCACAAGAAGGACCGGUCGAGCGCUACUAAGGCCAACGUUUUACCAUUAAUGUUUGCUUUAGAGAAUAUCUGCAAAUCUAACACAUUUCAAUUUGAUUAAGUCAGGCCAUCUAUGGGGUAAUGUGUUGAAAAUCUAAAUGGUGUAGCAUCAAGCCAGGUGAAAUGGGGCUUCUUGAUAAAUUGUCAGGCUGGCUGGGCUUAAGGAAGAAACAAGUCAAUGUUUUGUGCUUGGGUCUGGACAACAGCGGCAAAACAACAAUCAUCAACCAGCUCAAGCCAUCUAAUCAUCCAAAUCAUUUAGGUCCAUUGUCAGAAGAGUGGAAACAUGUUAGUCAGACACAGGCUCAGGAGAUAGUCCCAACAAUUGGCUUCAACAUUGAAAAGUUCAAGAGUUCAAGCCUGUCCUUCACAGUUUUUGACAUGUCUGGCCAAAGCAGAUACAGAAGCCUAUGGGAGCAUUAUUACAAGGAGAGCAAUGCAAUCAUAUUUGUCAUUGAUAGCAGCGAUAAACUGAGAAUGGUUGUUGCAAAGGAGGAGCUCGAUACUCUUCUCAACCAUGAAGAUAUCCGCAACAAAAAGAUCCCAGUGCUGUUCUUCGCAAACAAGAUGGACCUGCGGGACGCUCUGUCUUCUGUCAAGGUCUCGCAAAUGUUGUGUUUGGAGAACAUUAAAGACAAACCCUGGCACAUCUGUGCCAGCAAUGCAAUCAAAGGAGAGGGUCUGCAGGAAGGGCUGGACUGGCUGCAAGAUCAAAUUACACAAUCAUAUCAAAACAAUGAACAAAUGAAUGACCAGGCGUGACGAGGACACAGGGACGUGCAAACUGGAUCUGACUUGCUUUUUAAAGUAUUCAUCACUCUUGAUGUUGUAAGCCUUAAAUUUCAAUGUCAAAUAGUCAAGCACUUUUUCUCUGAGCUGCACUUUUGCGACUUUACUUACCUUUGAAAGAAAAAGCGAAUGCUGCAAUCUGAAUUUAACAGCAAAGACACCAUAUACAUAAUUAGGAACAUAAAAUGUGCACGCAGUCUGAAUAUAUUAAAUUCAGUUUUAUUUAUAUAGCGCCAAUUCACAACACAUGUUGUCUCAAGGCACUUCACAAAAUCAGGUACAUACAUUCCAAUUAAUCGUAACCAUUGAACAGUGCAGUCAGA